UCUUCCUCCUUAUCUCUCUCUCUCCCCCACAUGAAUGCAAAUAAAUUAUAGGUGCCUUGAGUGUGACGAUUACAAGUUUCCAACUUGGAGACUACACUCUCGCCCUCUUCUUCCACCCACUUUCCUUGCAGACCGACCCAAGACCUUUCAUCUGUCUAUAUAUAUUUCAUUACUCUUCGAUUUCUUUUCUCAGAACUGAUAAUCUUUCCACCUUCUUCCACCUUAGCAUCCAUCUCAUCAGCAAUGGAAUUCGAAUUUAUUGAUACUUCUCUUGGUUUGGACCUCAAGCCUAAUCCUCCUGCGAACAGCCUUGGCGACUUCUCUCCUACUGGUGGUUUGGUAGAAGAGUUGCGUAGGAUGAGCACUGAGAACAAGAAGCUAACUGAAUUGCUAUCAAUCAUGUGUGAGAAUUACAAUGCUUUGCACAAUCACUUGAAGGAAUUGAUGAGAAAGAACUCUGAUCAUCAGCUCUUUAAUUCAAGGAAGAGGAAGGCUGAAAGUGAGGAUAAUAUCAAUAAUAUUCAUGGGAGUAGUGGAAAUAAUACUGAGAGUAUCUCUAGUGAUGAAGAUUCAAGUAAGAAGCCAAGAGAAAGCACCAAGGGAAAGGUCUCUAGAGUUGUUGUAAAGACAGAGAAGUCUGACAAUAGCCUGCUUCUGAAGGACGGAUACCAAUGGAGAAAGUAUGGGCAGAAGGUCACCAGAGAUAACCCUUCUCCCAGAGCCUACUUCAAGUGCUCCUUUGCCCCAACCUGCCCUGUCAAAAAGAAGGUGCAAAGAAGUGCUGAAGAUCAGUCUCUUCUGAUAGCCACUUAUGAGGGGGAGCAUAACCACCAGCAACCUUCACCAGUUGAGGUGUCAUUAGGCUUCAACCGAGCUGCCACUCCUGCUUCAGUCCUCAGCCCAGCCUCCAUGGUCUCUCCACGCCCAACAGUAACUCUGGACUUGAUCCAACCUGGAUUAGCUAACAACACUGCCAAAAAUUCAGUCCAUGACGUUAAAGAAAAGCCAAUAGUCCAGCAGUUCUUAGUCGAACAAAUGGCUUCUUCCUUGACAAGAGAUCCCAGUUUCACUGCAGCCCUUGCAGCAGCCAUUUCCGGAAGAAUUUUAGACCAAACUCAGAUAGAAAAAUGGUGAAAAAAAAAACAAGACAUUUUGGGGGGAAAUUUUAUGUAUUCUGCUUGGUUCAUUCCCAGAUUAGAUAGUACCUAUUUGAUGUAUAUAUGAAUUUUAAAGUCAUGCAGAAUUUUAGUUCUAGUUAAAA